AUGUCAAAUGAAGUAUUAUCAUCAUUGAAUGAAUCAUCGAUAAAAAUUGAUAUGCCUUCUCCUAUUCGUCGAGUUGCUGUUGAUGUUUUAUCAUCGAUUCCACAAGACAAUAUUAGUUCAAAUGAACAAAUUCAUAUAAAUACAAAUAUAUCUUAUCCAUCAAUUUCAAUAACAAAAACAAAUAACAAUUCUUAUGAUUUUAUAAAACAAUCAAUCGACAAAAGUCAUAAUGAAUCAGCAGAAAUUUUACGUGAACGUUCAACAAGUUCAAGUAGUACAUCAAGUUCUUCAUCAAAAAUAUCAAAUAAUCAUUCAUUAAGAUCUUAUUCUGCUGAUCUUUCUGUUAAUCAAGAUGAUGAUGAUUAUGAUGAUGCAACUAGUUAUGAUGAUAAUAAUCAUCAAUGGGAUUUCGAUCAACAACUAUUAAAUAUCCCAUUAAGACAAUUAAUGAUUCGUGAUUCAUUAUCAUUAUAUGAUGAUAGUCGAAUUGGUCGAAUAGCAGUGAGUGAAUGUCAAAUAUGUUUUGAAGAAUUAUCAAUUGAACCAUUAUCUUGUUGUUCUUCUUCAAUAUGUUCAAAAUGUGUUUAUCUUCAUUUGUCAUCAAAUAUACGUGAAGCUCGUAUUCGUAUAUUAUGUCCAUCAUGUCCACAUAUAUUUACUCGUGAAGAAAUUUUAUCAUUAUUAUCUGUUUAUGAUAAUGAUGGAAAUCUAGCAGAACGAUAUAAACGUUAUUAUGCUGAUAUAAAUGGUGAAGCACAUAUAAAAACAUGUCCUCGUUGUUGUUCAAUAAAAGAAAUCGAUAAACGUUUAUUUCAUGGUGUUCGUUGGAAAAAAAAUAUUCCUCGAAGAGUUGUUUGUAAUGAAUGUCAAUUUGAAUGGUGUUUUUAUUGUCAUGCACCAUGGCACGAGAAAAUGACUUGUAAAGAAUAUCUUGAAGGAGAAAAAAUGCUUCGAUUAUGGGCAUCACAAAUCGAUGAAAAUCAACAUAAUGCACAAAAAUGUCCUCGUUGUAAAAUAUAUAUAUCUCGAAGUGGUGGUUGUCCACAUAUGGUUUGUUCGAAAUGUCAAUGUGAUUUUUGCUAUAAUUGUGGUAGACGACGAUUCGGUAUGAAAUUUUUGGGUUCACAUGAAAGUCGAUUUUCUCCUUUGGGAUGUAAAUAUAAUUUAUAUCCAGAUAAACCAUUAAUUCGUCAUACAGUUCGCGGAUUAGUUGCUGGUGCUGCAACACUAGCGCUACCAGUGGCAGCUGUAGGCGCUGUCGCAUUAUUAGCUGUAGGUACAACAAUAGGUGCACCAACUUAUGGAACAUAUCGUUUAGUUAAACAUAUCCGUACGAAACGACAAGAACGUCGUCGAAGAGAUCAUAUGGCAACAAUAUCUAGACAAUCGGCGACUAAUGAUAGCCUAUCAACGUACAUUAAUGGUGCUUAUGAUCCGAAUACAUAA